UCACAAACAGUAAACAGAAGAAGGAGGACGUCUCGGAUGUGAUCACAGCCCGUUAUUUUGGACUUUCAGGCCCGAUCCCGUUCAGCGAGAUCCUGCUUUCUAUCAGAACACGGAAGAAAAGGAACAAGCUGGGCCUGAAUCUUGAUUCUGCCCGUGCCAGAUCCUACCUUGAUUCUCUCUGUAUUGACUCUUCAGACGAUGACCAUGCAUUUCCACACCACCUAUGCUGCUGUGUUCUGUCUUGCCGGGACAGUGAUGGCCAUUCAGAGCCCCCAUAAAGUGUUUCUGGAGAAGCAGCAAGCCACUGCGCUGAUCUCCCGUCAAAAGAGAAAUACUGGAGCAUCCACCUUGGAGCAAGCUUGCAUGGAGAGGGUUUGUACCUAUGAGGAAGCAAGGAAGUAUUUCCAGGACUCAUACCGCACGGACAUUUUUUGGUCUGUCUACAUUGAUGGAGACCAGUGUGCUGAAAACCCUUGCAAGAAUGGAGCCAUGUGUUCAGACAGCGUUGGAGGCUACGACUGCAUCUGCAAGUCGGGUUUCACAGGGAUCCACUGUGAAAAUGAUGAGACUCUUUGUACACUGGAAAAGGACAAGGGCUGCUCACAGUUUUGUAAACCUGGCUACACGUCCUACCAGUGCUCUUGUGCCAGGGGCUGGAAGCUCAAAGGCAGAGACCAGUGUGAGGCUGCUGUCAAGCAGCCCUGUGGUCAGCUGAUCAAUCUCCCUGUGUGGAAAAACAGGCAGGCAAAUAUUGUUAGCGAGAACUUUAAGGGACUUCAGUGUACUUCAUCUGGGUGUCCUUGGCAGGCUCUCCUGAAGAGUCCAGCAUCUGAAGGCUACUGCAGUGGAGUCAUUCUGAAGGAGAACCUGGUCUUGACUUCAGCCCAGUGUGCAACCAAACACCCCUCCUUCCAGGUGGAAGUUGGAAAGCUCAACCCUGCAACUGAAGUGGGAGGGCAAACACUUUUAGUGAAGCUAGUUCACCUUCACCCUCGUUACGUGAAAGGCCGUCCUGAAAACGACCUAGCUAUGAUCGAGCUGCGUGAUUCUAUAGUCUUUAAACCAUACAUUAUCGCAGCCUGUCUACCAGAGAAAGACUUUGCAGAGAGUAUCUUAAUGUCUGGAGAUUACCCGGCUGUUGUCACCGGCUGGAGAGAACCCAUACAGGAGCCGCUCACUAUUAACCAGCUGGAGUACAGCAAGCUGCCUCAGUGUAUGGAGAAGUACCCCAGCCUUAUGACCAAUAAAAUGGGCUGCACCAGUGCUAGGGCCAAUGCCGACUGCAGCAUGAGCUCCGGGAGCCCCUUGCUCACUAUGUACAGAGAUGUGUUGUUCCUCACAGGGGUGGUAACCCAACCAGAGGGGGCUAACUGCACUAACGGUUACAUUUUCCAAAAAGUGUCACGCCACCUCAGUUGGCUGCAGACGCUCAUGGGUUCACGUUAGAACACAGUAAGCUUUAUAAUGAAUUUACACUGAUGCAGGUAAUAUAUAUAUACAAAAAACAGGGAAACUGAUGCAUAUUUUUCCUUCAUCGUUAGCUUUUUUUUGUGAGUGUUUUCAUGUGUGUUUUUGCAAAAUAUCCAUAAGAACAUAAAACCUGAAGUCUGAUUUCUUCCCUCUGUGCGCUUCAUCUUUUAUCCACAAGGUGGCUCUCUGUUAAUGUUAGUUAGAGAGCUGUUUUUGCAUGUGUCAGAGGUAGAAAGACUUGUAAAUUAUUCAGCAUGUUUGUGAUGUAACAUACCUUCCUAUACCAUUAAAGCAAAGUAAUUUCCGCAAGUGUAAUGGUUAACAUGCACCUGAAAGGACUCACAGUUUCAUGAAUGUAAUAAAUCAUAAAACCA